GCGUUCAUCACCCCCUAAUUUCUAUUACAUGGAUAACUCUUUUGCUUUAAAAGAUAUUUUAAUGAGAUCUUCACUAGUAUUUUUUAAAUAUUUAGCAGAAGAAGCGAAGUUAUUUGUUUAUUAUUUUUUUUUAAAUAUUGAUAUUUUUCUUUUUAAUAAAAAAAAAAUAUAAAAAAAUAAAUAAGUUCGCCUCUAGUAAAUGCGUUUUUAAGAAAUUAACCCUAAUAACAUUUUAUGAAAUUUUUAAUAAUAAACCUAGCAAACGUGUAAUAGCAAAAUAUGGCAAUUUUCAUCAAAUUUUAGAAUAUUUACUACGUCUCGGCAUACUUGGCAGCAUUGCUUUAUGCUUUAUCGAUCCAAGAUCUACUGGCGAGCGUCGUUCCUGUGUCACCCCAAUGUUAAAAAAUAUUAAUAUAUAGUAAUGUAAUAAAUUAUGUAGGUUGAAUAUUAACAAAUACGAAAAGUUUGGACUACCUGAUUUUAGUUAUUUUUCGAACUUUUGCCCACAAUCCUUUUUGGUUUGUGAUGUAGCGUUGAUGUGUUUAUAAAUUUGCCGUACGCUGCAAUAUUAUUAAUAAUUGUUAUUAGUAGGCAACUAAUAACAAUUAAUAAUAUUAGGUACUUAGGUUAGAUUAGUAGGAUAUUUAGUAAAUUUUGUUUUUUUUUGUUUGAAUUUUUAAGUCUGUCUGCAAGCGACUGUCGCCGCGCCAUCGCGUCGCCUCGGUGCCGCCUUACCCCAUUGUUAAACAAUAAUAUUAUAUUAUACACAGGUAGAAUAAUGAGAAAAACGAAAAUUUUAGACUGGGUACCUGAAUAACUGUAACUUUUUACGUACCCUAACACUUUUUAGUUUGUGAUGUGCCGUUGCAUGUAUAUGGAAGUCUGUCGUGUGCUAUUUUUGUGAAAACUGUGAACUUUACUGUUAUAGUGUUUUUGUUUUUAUUGUGCAAGAGCAGUUAUUUUUUGAAAAAAUGGGAAAACGUAAAGACGGUAAAUCCAAGGUUUACUAUUCGCGCCGGAAAUCAAGGAAACACAAAAAGAGUUAUUAUCUAACUAAUACCAAAAAGUAAGUAUGGAUUUUAACAAUUUUUUUUUUGAAAAAGUAGAUUUAUUAAAAACAAUUAGAUAAACAGUAGAUAAAUAUUUCCAAAAAUUAUUUUAUUAUUUUGUCUCAUUGUAAACAUAAAAAUAUAAUGUAUUAGCAUCUUACUGGAAAUAAGAUUUUAAAAAUAGGUUCUUUUCAAAGAUAAAAUCUUACUAUUUUUAAAAAUUAUCAAAUGUCUUAAAAUCUGUACAUACAUUUAACAUUUUUUUUUAUUUAAUUUUUUUUUUGUAUUAUUGUAUUAAUCUCUAUCCAAAUCUAUAUUUUAGAUUUGGCCAUUGCAAAAACAUACUAAUUUUUUGUCAUUUAUUUUAGUACUUUCCGUACUUCUGCUACUGAAAGUAUGCCAAUUCAUAACACAUCUGAAGAGGAAAUAGAAGUUGAAAGACAAAGAACAUCUCCUGAUACCAUAACUGACUACGUUAUAGAAGGAAGGAGAAUCGUAGAUAUUCAGAAGCUUUUUAAAGAAAUCCAGAAUUUAUCCAGACACCCUCCAUUUAAUUGCACAAUUGCAGAUAUGAACAUUUUGACGGAAAAUAGAAAAGGCUUAAAAAGUUCAAUUUUACUAAAGUGCAAAAUGUGCAAUUUAGAAAAAUACCUCAAUCUGUUUACUCAAGAUGAGUCUGAAACAUCCAUGGACAUAAAUGCCGCAGCAGCCUUAGUACCCAUUUCAACGGGUAUUGGAUUUACUGCCGCGGAAGAAUUUAUGGCCAUACUGGAUGUCCCUUUUAUGUCUCCAAAUACAUAUCAGCAGCACCAUGAGUUUGUGGGAGAAAAGAUAAGGGAAACGGCUUGGAAAGCAAUGGAGGAAGCCGCACAAGAAGAGAGUUUAUUGGCCAAAAAAUUAGGAGAAGUAAUCGCCCCUGUAUCACUGUUGUGGCUGAUGGUGCUUGGAGCAAAAGGUCUUAUAAUGUUAAUUAUGAUGCUGCUUCAGGAGUUGUAAGUUUACUAUGAUUUAGUUAAAUACUUAAUUUUGUUUGAUUUUUUUUGUAUUUUAGGCUUGUAUAAUUGGACAGAGGACCGGAAAACUUUUAUUUCUUGGAAUCCGAAAUAAAUACUGCAGCUUUUGUGCAUACGCCAGUGCCAAAAACAUGGAAGUCAUUCCAGAUCAUACAUGUUAUAAGAACUGGUCAAAUACAUCCACAAGUAUGGAAUCCGACAUAAUUGUGGAAGGAUUUCGAAAAAGUAUUGACAUGUAUAAUAUUAUUUAUAAAAGACUUGUUGGGGAUGGUGACAGUAGCGUCUAUUAAAAACUGAUCGAGGCUCGCCCAUAUGGAAGUUUACAUGUGGAGAAAAUUGAGUGCAGGAAUCAUUUAUUAAGAAAUUUUUGCUCCAAAUUGCGUGAAAUAUCUAGUAAAAAAAGAAGCAACAGUACAAAUAAUCCGGUUUCACCAUACCUGCGCAAACAUAUUUUGAACAAUAUACGAAGGAUGAGAACUGCUGUUGCAAUGGCUGUUACUCAAAGAAAUAAAGAAGAUAAAAGCUUUAGUAUUAAAAUAGAAAAUCUUACUAAAGAUUUAAAAAAUAUACCAUCCCACGUAUUUGGAGAGCAUCUAAACUGUACAGCCAUAGGAUAUUUUAGAUGUGAUAAAAAGUUUGGAGAAAAAAAUUAUAUUGAAGAAAUGAAGGCAUGUGGGGUUUUGCAAGACAUUGAAGUUUGUCUAAAUAGACUCAUAUUGCAUGCUUCCAGUUUGUUAAGAAAUAUGGACAAUAAUGUAGCUGAACAUUAUAACUCUGUGGUAUGCAAGUUUAUUGGCGGAAAGCGCAUCAAUUUUUCAAAAAGAGGGUCUUAUCAAAUACGGUGUGAAGCUGCAGCCCUAUCUUAUAAUCUUGGAAGCGGAGAAUACCACAGACAAAUUUUUAAAUCAAUUGCUGAAAAAAGUCCUUCUGGUCAUACAAAAAAAUUUAUUAAUAGAGUUAAACAAAGACGUAUUAAUACUCUUAAAAUAAGACCAAAAACCCUAUUUAAAAAACGAAAUAAAUCAAUUGCGCUUCCUGAUAAAGAUUAUGGGGAUCAGGAGGCAGAUAAUAGCAUACAGCCAGACAUGGAAGAAAAUUUAUUUGAAGAAAAAAAAAAGGAAUUUUUAGAAGAACUCGAAAAAAAUGAAAAUGAGAUUAAGGAUUUAGAGAUUAGUACCAGAGGACAAGGAGGAAAUCCAAAGUGGUAUCAAGAAAGGAGUUUAAGGCUUACAGCAUCAAAUUUUGGAAAUGUUUGCAAAAUGCUAAAAAAAACAAAUUGCAAAAAUAAAGUAAAAGCAAUUCUUUAUUCCAAGUUUCGGGGCAAUAAACACACUAAGUAUGGCACCGAAAAAGAACCAUUUGCUAUUCAACAAUUUGAGGAAACCUACAAUUUAAAAGUUGAAAUGUGUGGUCUUUUUAUUGAUUCCGAAUGUUGUGCUUUGGCUGCUAGCCCUGAUGGGCUAGUUGGCUCAAGAGGAUUAGUAGAAGUAAAGUGCCCAUCAACAGCUUCAGCAAUCAGCCCUACAGAAGCUAUCAAUAAAAAAAUAAUCAAGUUUGCCACCCUUGAUGAAAAUGGACAGAUGCAUUUAAAACAGAACCAUGAUUAUUUUUAUCAAAUCCAAGGCCAGCUUCAUAUCACAAAAAGAGAUUUUUGUUAUUUUAUUUUAUGGACACCUAUGGGGAUGCUGGUAGAACAGAUUUGGCGGCAGGACUCAUUCUGGAAUGACAAAAUGAUAGGAAAAUUAAAAAGUUUCUAUUACAAUUGUUUAUUACCGGAAAUUAUCGACCCGCGAUAUAGUAGAGGACUGGAAAUAAGAAAUCCAUCGAGAAAAUAACAACAUUUUAAUUUUAAAAUAGGUAUAUUAAUAGAUUUUUGCAAAUAUAAAACUGUACUUUUUAAAAUAAAAUUUAAAAUAUAAGUAUGUAUAUAAUUGUUUUUUCAAUAAGAUUAGGGUAAAAUGUAUAACAGUUCAAAAAAAAAUGUUUAAAAAAAAACAAU